AUGGUUGCCUUCAAGCGAUUCUUCCAUGCGGAGAAAUCUUCGCCGGCAAAUUUGGACGGCCAAGAAGCUCGGGCAGGCAGUCUAGGAGGCGAUGAUCACGGCUUGCCCAACAUGAAGACAUCCCGGCGCAUGGCCGCGGGAGCUCAUGACCAGACGCCUGCAGAGCAGUGUGAAGUAACGCACACUCAGCUACAGUCAAGGCCCCUAUCCUCUCGUUCGCAUGCGCCUCCAUCUCGGGCAUCAACUCGCCCUCCGGGGAAGGUCACCCGGCACGUUGAUCUGCUUGAUGCUUUGUUCUCCUCGCACCGGUAUCAUAUCCAAAGCAGCAGCACCUUGUCGCCGAUCACACCAUACAAUGAAGACAUAGCCGAACGGAACAUGGCUCCCUUCUUAAGAGGACUGGCGCUCAAAAACGCCUACUCGCAUCCGGUCUCAAGUCUGUAUCAGGAAGACGUAGCAGACCGGAAUAUCUCGAGUAGAGGCAGCAGUCGCUCCAUUCCCCGCAGUACUAGCUCGCGCUCUCAAGCUACACCACCUCGUUCCCGGCAGGGAUCACAGAGGUAUGUAGAUAAUACUAGGGAUCGUCCGCAGUCACGGGGGAAAAGCACGCGGUUGGCGCGGUCAACCUCUCCGGAGAGUUCGGUCUCUGUACCUCAAUUGCGUACUGAGGAGCGCCCUGGCUCUUCGAGGGAAGGCGCCUUCCAGAGAAGCUCCCUGCGAUCUCAACGGUCUGCCCCUGACUUGCUGGCUGAACGGAUCAAUACGCCUAGGGAAGAAUCAGUUUCGGGUUCAAAUGGAUACUUGGGCAUCCCUCCUGCUCACAAACAAGGCGACAAGUGGAGCAAUACGCCCCUACCUGAUAGCCCAACACUACCACUAUCUAUUGGUAGUGACAGUACGAGCGAGACUGAAUCCUUUCAGGAUACACAGAGCACUCCAGCAUCCCCUCGUCAAGGAAGCAAGAAGAACAUCCGAGACCUUUCUAUUAACACAAAGCUAGCAGCUCGAGGAAGUCCAACUGCGAAAAUUGCACAUCGGGCGAUACAGCCGCCUACUCCCAGUGCUGUCGAUCCCAAGCAAGCUCCUAGCAUUGCGGAGGUUAUGAACAGCCCUCUCCCUGUGGGAACACCAACAUCCAUCGCCUCCAUGCCUCCGUCCAACGACAAAGUCAUCGAGAUUAUGGACAUGUUCAGGCAGGCUUUUGCUUCGACCCAAGAGGUCACACCACACCCUACCUUUGAGAGUCUCCAAGAUGCUAUUGUCAGGGAGAUCAAUUCUCACGAGGCCUUUCAGCGCAUUUCCUUCCCCACUGAACCCUCACUCACUCCUUCGCCGUCUCAGGAAUCCUUUGACAGGGCUCCUCAUGUGCCAUUGUGCCCCGCGCCUGGUUUGGAACGGAGCUCCUCUUCAAAGGAAGGACAAUUCUCGAAACUCAUCCGCAAAAGCUCCUUCAAAAAGCACAAGAGAACUCCUGAGCAGCGCAGAAGCAUCUCCACGAGCGUUCCCGUGACGACUCUCCGGGCCACACAGACAACAAGUCGACGCAGGCACACUGAUGCUCCUCUCCCCUCCCCAGGAGUUCUCGGCAACAGGGAGACGAAGCAGCAAAAGAUGGAGAGCCCUCAGGAGGAAAUGACCUACAUGGAUCUACUUCAAUCGUUCCGCCAACCUCCAAGCAACUCAGGCCGCACUGUAUCCAUGAGAACCAACUCGUCUCAUGGCAACCUAACGAACAUGAGCGGUGCCCCAUCAGUCCUCCGCAUGCGCGCGCAAGCCUCCCCAGUUAGAAUUAGCCAGAUCAGCUACUCAGAAGACGACAGCGACGACGAAGAAAUCAUCCAACUACCCAGCGUUGGCGGGACACCGCACGUCUGCAUCCAGGGUGUCGAUCAGAACAACGUCACCUACAUGGCUAGAAACACGACUCCGCGCAACGCCUACCGCCUCAUGAACUGGCCGCGGAAAUCAAGUCCCAAUGCGUACAGCAAAAAUGCCCUUUCCAGCGAGCGGAUCCCUUCGCGAACUUCGUCCAGAAAUGGACAGCAGUUCUAA